AUGCAAACUAUUUCUACCACAAAUAAGUAUUUGUUUCAUACCACGUCAGAGUUGAAGCCAGAAGAGUCCAAAAUGGACAGGCAGCUGGACGUUCUGCUGCAGUUCAUCAGUAAGCGAACGGACACGUACCUCAAACGGCUGGAGGAGUUGGUUGCUAUUCCAAGCAUCUCUGAGGAUAUUAGUCACCGAUUGGAUGUCCUAAAGGCUCUGCGCUGGUGUGGAAUCAGACUAAAAAACAUGGGCUUUGAGACUUGCUAUCGCAAAGUUGGCGACGAAGAUAUCUAUGAAGGAGAGUCGUUGCCGCUGCAUCCCACGGAAAGGGUACCGCUACCGUUCGUGUUGUGCGCCAGUCUGGGCUACGAUCUCACCAAACGCACUCUUCUCAUCUAUGGUCACGUCGACGUGAAAGCCGUGGCACCGCAGGACGUCUGGGCCACGGAUCCGUUCAAGCUCACAAUUAUUGAAGGCCGCAUGCAUGGGCGGGGCGUGGCCGAUGACAAGGGGCCCCUUCUGGGCUGGAUUAACGCCAUUGAGGCCUAUAUGGCAAGUCCUAUCUCCAAUAUUCAGCAAUGUAACAUGGAGGUUCCGGUGAAUGUGCGGUUUCUAAUAGAAGGUGGGGAAGAAACGGGAUCGGAGGGUCUUCCUGAGUUACUGCAGGAGAUGAAAAAGGAUUUCUUGAAGGAUGUCGACUAUGUAGCGAUUUCAGACAGUCACUGGUUGAACACGAAUACACCUUGUCUAACCUAUGGCCUUCGUGGAGUCGUCUACUUCUACGUCUAUGUCGAAGGCUCAAAACGCGAUCUCCACUCUGGCUCCCACGGUGGUGUAAUUCAGGAGCCGUUAAUAGACCUGCAGGCUCUAAUGAGCUCCCUUGUCAGUGAGAAUGGAAAAAUUCUAGUUCCAGGCAUCUAUGACUGUGUGAGGCGGCCAGACAAAGCGGAACUUGAGCGUUUUGAGCAACUUGACUUCGAUCCAGUUACCUAUAUCAACCAAAUACAGACUACGGCACUAUACGCCAGAGAUAAAGUGGAGAUUCUGAGAAGAAGAUGGUUGUUGCCAUCAGUUGAAUUUCAUGGAAUUGAAAAGUCUUUCGACAAAAUGGGUGCUCCGACACUUAUACCCAAAGAGGUUAUGGGAAAAUUUUCGCUUCGCCUAGUACCAGAUCAAAAUCCACGAUUUCUGGCGAGCAGAGUAAGGUGCUACUUGAAGGAGGUGCACUCACGUCGAUGUAGCGGCAAUAAAUUGACAGUCAAGACUUUCAGCGAUGGUCGGCCAUUUCUCGCUGACCAGUCAUGCCCAAACUAUCGCGCUGCCUACGAGGCAAUAAAGUUCGUCUGGGAGAAAGAACCUGAUCUCAUUCGUGAUGGCGCCACCAUCUCUAUGGCCGCAGUUCUCGAAGAGGCUACAAACCGUGACGUAGUGCUAAUUCCAAUCAGCGAAAACCAGGAUUUCAUUCACAAUGGACUUGAGUGGAUGACAGUGCGCAACUAUAUCAAUGGCAUCAAGGUAUUCGCUACAUACCUACACAAACUGCGCUGCCUCGGCCUAGGCGAUCCAAAGGACGAAUCGGGUAGGCAGGGUCUGCGUCUGAAGUGGCGCAAAUCCCUCUGGUAG